AUGAGCAUCGACGCUCCGGAAUGCGGCAUCGAUAUGGAGAGGGAAGACAUGGCGAGCCCUGUGAGCUCGGCUGGCUCCCUCUUCGACGACCAUGAGAAUGCUGAGGUCAUAGCGUCCCGGACCCCACCCCCGAUACCCGGUCUCUCCGUCUUCCCCGGUCUCCUGCCGCGCGAGCUAGCCAGUGAGUUAGGUUGCAGUUCAAGCCUAACUCCCACAAUGCUAUUCAGUGCACCGCCCCCUGCGCCGUCCUCCAUGCCGUCCCACAUCCAGUCCCUCGACUCGGCGCUCAUUCAGCUCCUCGAUCCCCUUCUUCCCCCGAACGUACUCGAAACCGCCCUUCGACAACCCCUAGCCCGUCAAGCGAUCUUGAACCUCUACCCGCCCGGGCAAGGGAUCUCACCCCACGUCGACCUUCCUCGCCGGUACGCAGAUGGCAUCGUCGGUGUCUCGCUCACCGGCGGCUGCGUCUUGACGCUGCAGCGCGCAGACGACGCCAUGAAGGAGACGGGGUAUGGCGCAGCAACUGGAGAGCGGUACGACGUCUAUCUGCCUCCGAGGAGCGUGCACAGCAGACGCCUUGACGACCUCGGUGUCGACCUCGCUCGACUCGGCGCUGGCCUCGACCUUCUCCACCUCCUUCUCCUUGAUCGCUACGGGUCGCUUGCUCAUCGCCGCAUUCUUCGCAUUGUUGCGCAGCGUGAGGAGGUUCUGCGUCCACACCCUCGCAGCAAAGAGGCACGCGAAGAAGAUGAUGGCGACGGCGCGCGCGCUGCCCGUAUCGACCUUCUGGACGCUGGCCGACCACGGCCCCGGAGCACCCGUCAGAGCCAGAUAAAUUGCGGCGGUGGCCAUACUGCCCCAUACGUCGAGCGUGCCCAUGACGCCGCCGUUGAGGAAGGAGGGGGCACGGGGGACCCCGUCCCCAAUACCCAGGAGCUGCGCGAGCCAUCCGCCGCCGCACGUCGCGAUCGGCGCGAGCACAAUGCCGCUCCACGCCGGCAGGCCCUUCGACACUGCGGCCGAGGCCAUGCCGCAGCUCCCGGUGCCGCGGAGGAGACCGUCGAGCGCGGCGAGGAGGAAGUUGAGCAGGAAGGAGGGCACGGCGGACACGAUGAACUGCGAAAUGCCGCUGGCGACUAG